CUCAUGUUUCUCGGCGGUUAUUGUUGUUGCACUAGAUGUCACGUGACAUUGGUCUUAUCCACAGUUAGCUAGCUAGAGAGAAUUAAUCAUCUUCAUCCACCCCAAGAUAGGCCACCCUGACACUGCCAUCUCCCAACAGACCGAAUUACUCCAAGCAUUCUAUCCAAUCUUUCUGUUUCAAUCUAUCAAGAUGUCUAUCAACAGAUUCAUUCAGUCUUUCACUCAGGUCCCAAAGGAGCUGUUCCGCCUGAACACAGGGGCUACUGUUCGCCUCCGCGCUCAGCCAGGCCCUGUGCGACCGAAACGCAGCUUCGAUCUUCUUACAACCGCAGGAAAGGUUCAACCUAAGGCUCUCAAUCCGGCUACUUAUGAAUGGCCAAACGGUGCUUCCAUGCGCCCCAACUCUGAAAUACAGCAGAAUCUCGUUCGCACUUUCCGGGGCUCUUCGAUCUAUGUCUACGCCAUUCCAGCAGGUUCGUCCCCUAACUUUCCUGAAGCCUCUGGUCUUUAUUCAUCCGAUACCUGUACAGGGACUGUUUUGCCUGACGAUCUCAUUCUCGUCCACGAGUUUGGCGACCAUUACUCAUUGCAAGCCCGAGAGGAGAUGACAGUGGAAGAACUGAACUCAAAGAUCAAUGAUUUUCUGACCACCAAGGGGCAGCGAUUCACCAAGGACGAAUGGCUGCAGCGGUACCCUCAGGCAACUGAGUAAGCUUUACCUGAAGGAUGUUUCCUUGUGAAGCAAUCAUGUCCGCAUUUCUAUUGGCCGGAGAGAUACGGUCAACGGGAACAAUUAUCUAGUUGUAGGCUGGCUAUCAAUUGAUACGUAGGAUGAUUCUUCUUGACUCAAGAUCUUUUGGUCCGUAGCGGUAGCCCAGUGCAAUUAUCUUACACUAGACUAACCGAGGGGAUAAAGCGGCAAUUGUGUUCCUGGCGGUUAUUCUGUCUUGGCUUCACCUGCCCAAUCAGA